UUGUAUUUUCCUACUUCUUUUGAUUUAAAUUAUGAUAAUUUAGCUUUUGUUGACUUAUAUAAUUCUACUAACUAAUUCUAACUUGACUAAUUUAGUAUUGUGUGUGUGUGAGUGGGUGUAUGUAUUUUUUAUGAAGAAAGAAAUACUUGAGUAUGAACAGUUGUAAGAAGGAUAAAGUUGGGGAAAUAUUCCGGGAGGCAGGCGCCGCAUUCAACAAGUUGUCCGAAAUGACUAUGAUGCUACAUCCUAUGGCAGAUACUCAGCCUGGUGGAAAAUGGACAGAUGACGAGAUUGACAUGCUUCGGUCGUCUGUUCAUCGGUUUGCUGUUGACCUUAACAAACUCAGUCACCACAUAAAGAGCAGGACAGUUUCACAAAUACGUUCAACACUAAAGAAAAAGGCAUUCGAAGACGCAGGUAUACCAGUAAGGCAGGUAAGCAGCAUCGCGCCAAGGGUCGGGAAGCCUGCGACCCAGGUAGUUCCACCACUGAGCAUCAUCCAAGGAGUGUUAAGAACUAAUGCCGAGGUGACAUUAAACAUGUUGAAUGCGACGGAAAACGAAGUUGAUAUUGAAGGUUUGACCGGUGACGUGAAACUCGAGUUCGAUGGAAGCACCGAGGAAGUGGCCACGUGAAAUUUAUAGUUUCCCAUACAGUUGAACAGUUUUUUCGGUUAAUUUAGUGAUUUUUUCUGUUGAUAAACAAGACUUUUCACCAACACCAGGAUCUUAAAUUUUUAACUAUAGUAUCUUAAUUUGCCGUCUACUGAUAAUUUUAAAUAUUUCUUUGUGCUCUUGCGAACAAGACAUUUAUUUGCAAUCGAGGUACCAAAUGUACGUUUGGUUUCCAUGUAACCUUUGGAGUUUGUUCUUUAUCUUGAGUUUUUAUCUUUCAUUUGGUAAUAACGGUUUACUUCAAAAUUUAUCACGAAGGUCGCACUGAGAAAAUGGAUGGCCAAAUCGCGAAAAUAUUGAUUGUUUGUCAUUCAAAUUUUUAGAGAACAUAGAAAUUAGACCCAACUGGCUGAGAGCUUGUGAAUUCCUCGCUUGCUUGUGGCGAAAUGGGUCUAAUUUCUAUAGAAAUAUGAGUACAAACAGCAAAUUUCCGUGAUUCAUAAUUUCAGUGUGGCUUUCACUCUCGUCAUUUAAUAUUGUAGGUUAUUAAUAAUUUUCAUUAAAUAAUCAUAAUCUCGAAGUUACAGUUUAAUUUAUUGACGUUUAGGUUAUAUUUUUUGUUCCAAAAGAAUGGUUUGCUUCCAAGUUUAACGCGCAGACUACACCGGAAUAAUGCACUGGAAAAGCAUGGGCAUCUUGAUUGUUUCUCAUUCAACUUUCUAGAACAGAAUGAAGACCCAAUUUGCUGAAAGCUGGUGAAUUCCGCGCUCGCUUUUUUUGUCAAAACGGGUCUUAUUUCUUUGUAAAAUUGAAUAUAAGCAAUGAGAUUUCCUUGCUUCGUUAUUUCAGUGUGUUCUAAGUUGAUAAAUAUUGGAGCUCAUUCGCAAUUUGUAUAGAUUAUUUUUUCGUAAUAUUAAGAUCUGUUUAUUAUUUCUACCUAGUUUUUUGGCACCACGAUUGCACCCCUAUGGUAUGUUGUAGACCAGUAUUAAUAAACAUUUAUGUUUUAAAUACAUUUUCUUUCGACUUAAGUUAAAUAUGCGAUGGUUUAUUUUUGUGACUAGCGUCCUAACGGUAUUCUGUAACCCAAAAUCUUAAUUUAAAAAAAAAGUACCUUUUCAGAAAAAUUUAAUAAUACUGGUUUUAUCAUCUUAACGAUCAAUCUAAUAUUUUUACGCUCGCAUUCGUUUUGUUCUUUUCGAGUAUCGAGACACAGUAACGUCAAAAGCAGAAUGGAACAUAAUGCACUUGUUUUAGAGUUGCAAAUUCUGGGUUUUAUUCCUAUCGCCAGGCAACAUCGUGAGGAAAUUGUGUUUUGAAACAAGUACCAUAUAUUUCAUUAUACUGUACUGAUACUAUGUGUCAAUAUUCCAAAAGGUCUCUACUUUUGCGAGCGUAGUUACAAAACUCGUAGUAAAAUCAUUUCGAAACACAUUGAGUUAUGAAAAUAAAUAUAUUCAUUAUUGGAAAACAAAAAUCUAUUUAACUAAUCUAUUAUUUAUUAAAUUUAAUCGCAAGCCAUUUUCUGUGGUCACAGGUGUGUUUCAUUUGAGCCGGUUUGGUAUGUUUGAUAAGAAUGAAAGUCGUUAGGUUUUAUUUAAUGUUUUUUUUAAUUUUGUUUAUGUACAAAACCUUUAGUUUGCAUAGUUUAAGUGUUAUAUUUUCAAUGUAGGUGCCUGCUGUUAUUAUAUCUAUAUAUAUGUAUAAGAUAUAAGUUCUUUAACUUUUAUGAUUUAUGUAAUAUUGGAUAAGUUCCCGGAAUUUGUUAAUGAAUUUUAUGUAGUGCCAUCUUGUUUCUGCGAGGAUUAUUUUCAGUCGAUUUUCUGCUAGAGAUUACUUAUCAAUAAUUUAGGAAGCUGUAAGUUUCGAAUCUACACCUUUAUAGAGGAGACUGGUGUAGAUUUGAGAUCCGCGCGGUUGGGUAAAACCGCGCCGUCAAACUUAUUGACGUUCAAGUUUGAGGGUUGCGGUGUGGCCUUCGCUUUAACUACGCGGUUACGUUACAGAAAUCCAACCCUAUCAUUUGACAAAACGUUUUAUUACAUCUCAUAAAUACUCUUAAACAUUAUAUACAUAGGUCAUUUAUUUGUCUCUUUGUUUUAAGUUACU